UAUGCAUGUUACAUGUUUUUUACUGAACGGGGCCGUGUUUCACUGGGGAUUUUCUUCAGCUUUUCCCGGAACUAACCAGUAUGCUUCAAGUGACGCUGUGAAAGUACUGUACGGGUACCCUUUGCUCUUGAAAUUGACGCUGUUUGAGUAAAGGUGCUGCGUUUAUAACCUAGUGGUUUAAGCUACCAGCGACGUUCUUGCCCCUGUUAUACCUUGUAAAAAAUUAUGUUGUGAUAAAUCCUGGGACACCGAUCGGGGGCUCUAAACAAGCAAACGUUCUUUCAUAUCUAGAAAACAGUACAGUGUGGACCUAGAGGGUCAGCAGUACGUUUGUUGAUCCAGGUUGAAGGAAAUGCACUGAAGUUUGGAAAGUAUAACAAACCGCAGAAGGAGAAAGGUGCAGUUGUACUGUAUGGUGUUGAGUAACUUGGCAGCUCUUGCAAGUGAAGACUUUUGAAAUGGAUCAACAAAAAACUACGUUUAUCUUGUACUACUUCUUGGAACACGAUGCUUCUUUUCAUGCUCGCUACAAAUCCCAGUUGGACAAGUUAAAGCAAGAGGUAAUAAUGCCAGUAGAAGCAGUGUGGAUGAAGACUUUUGAAGAUGCAGAUGAAAAGCAAGAAGAUGGGGAUUUGCAGACAGAUGGAAUUCCUUUGUCAACUCCCGCUUUUAGGACUCAUGAGAGUGUUGAAUUAGAUGACCUCUGUAGAGCAAUAGGGUCUCAGUUGGCUCAGAUUGGAGAUGAGUUGGAUAGCAAGAUGCAACCAAAUUUGAUUGCAGACUUCAUACGGAAAAUGCAUGCUCAAUUGCCCGAUAAGGAUCAGUUAGACUUGGUGACCUCUGUCGUUCAUACUGUGUUUCAAGACAGAACUUCAGAAAUACAGCCGGAGGAAUAUUUAGCAGUAUGUACAAUGCUUUUAGUCAAAAAAGUGGCAUUGCGGGCACCUGAUUUAUUGCAGAAAACUUUCAGAGUUGCCGUACAGUUUAUCAACCAGCAUAACUUAGUCCGUGUCAAUGAUCGGGGAAAUGUGUGACAACUACAAUCAAAUGAAUUCACCUCCUUUCACUUGUGUGGGUGUUUACAUUAGUAGCCAUACUUCAGCUAUGUUAUCACAAGGAAAUUUGAAGAUGAAGCUUGUACAAGGACAGGGAAAGCAAGGUUCACAUGAACAUCCUGUUGUCAUCGAAGAUUGGCUUGAUUAGUAAAAUAAUUAGUAGUCCUUAUUUUGAAGGUGUUUAGUAUAUUAAAAAAACUACUCAGGACAUGUGAUUUAUUAGUAGAAAAGGAGUCACUUCACACCAUUCUUCUGAUGUAGUCUGUGUAUAAUUUGUUUUUCCAGCUCUUUUUUAGGGUUCUGUGAGCUGUACACAGCUAUUCUUUUUUAAGCAUCCAGUUUUCCAUAUCAACCAAAGGCUAUUACCAUAAUCACCUUGAGGAUAAAAAUGUUACUGCCAGGCUAAAGAGAAGACUGCUUUUCAGCUUAUGUGCAUGCUAUAUGUGACAUAGAGCAACUUCAAGUAAAGUGUUGACUUGAAAGCACCAGACUACCGUCACGUUCAUGAGAGAGGAAUGAUAAAGGAAACAUUCCUCGCCUACUGUUGCCAAAAACCCUGUCUUCUAAGAUCAUGUUUUAAUAGUAUUGUGCAGGUGCAAUACUUCUUCUUGAGCCCAUGCUAUGGAUGGCAUACAUGCCAUUCACUGUUUCCUCUUAUUUUGUGGUAGUGGUGUUGCCCAGUUCUUCAGAUGCAAUCACCUGUGCCAGUCAGUGCCAUUUUCCUAGUCCAGUGGUGUCUGUCAGCCAAAGUUUACAUUUCUUUUCUUUGUACAACAGGCAUACUCUGUUUAGUUUUCCUUAUCAGUGCACUGUACAGUACCCAUUUCCCCAGUGUUGUCCCACCAUCCAGUCAUUUGAUGUCUGUUUCUGCAGUAAAACUGCCAGCUUUCUCAUGUCCUUUUUCUUACCGAUACUUGGGUACUUAAUGUCCCCUUCCAGUACUUGUGAUACACUGAAAAACUCUCUAUUUUGCACUAUGGUAAAGCGGACUGUACCAUCGACAAUGCAUCCCCAACUGACCCUUCUUUGAUGAAUAUGCUACCUUGCACCCUACACUUAUUUGCCAUCCUGUGAUGGAGGAGACUAUGUUCUUUAAAGGUUGGAGGGCGUGCCUUCAUUCUCCAAGAGCUGACCACAAGCUAAGAUAAAUGCUGUAAUACAUAUUUUGAGAUUACUUUUUUUCAAAUAGUGACCUAACUUUGUACUUUGCUAAUCUUUGUUCCAUAAUUCCAGUAUUGUAUCUGUGAGGACACGUCUUCUAAGCUGUGUUACUGCUUAUUCUUACAUUGAUUACAAAACACACUUUUCAUAAAGCUAGAAGCAAGUUGGCUGAGCUGAAAGUUUGUGCUAUACUAAAGAAAAUUUAGUUGUGAACUUUUAUCCUAUGAUGAAGCCUUAUUCAUAACUUUUCAGAUGUUUAUUUUAAAUUACAAUUUAUAGCAUUAAACUGAGAUGCAUCCUUGUGCGUGUUUUUGCACAGGAACUGUGAAAACAUGUUUUACAGUGGCACUAUAAAGUUACUUUGUCAAACAGCAUGGAUUGUUUGGCCUUCAUAUGAACAUGUUGAAAGUUUUUGUCACUAGUUAUUUGACAAAUUUUUGAGCCUAAAUUCUGUUUGUCAAGUGCUUACUCCUGACUUACUAGUGUGUGUACUGUUUUCAUUUGUGCUCCUGUGGACAAAAAAAUUCAGGCUGUACUAGGGUGUUGAAGUUUCUUUGCAGAAUUCUUUCAGCAUUCCCCUUGUAGGUCUUAUUUGCUUGUAUUUAUAAACUGGGAUCUAAAUUGUGUU